AUGUUAUUCCUCAGGAAAAAGUUUCAUAAAAAACUGCAGAUACUUAUUGCUAUCGCUUUAGUCCUUAGUUGGACGUUGACAAUGUUUUGGAUAGCCAAAGCGUUCAAACAAAGGCUAACUUAUGAAGAUGCGCUGAUCAAAGUAUCACCGACACAUUCAUCGCCGUCUGAUUUUAGAAUCAUCGACAAAAGUAAAAUCAAUGUUGGUCAAACCUUACGAGGAGAAAACAGAUUGAACGAAUACGGACGUAAUGGGAUUAAGGAUGCUACUCAACCACGCAGAUUUUCUGACAUAAUUAAGGAAUUCAACAUUUCAUUAUAUAAGGACACAAGCGCUGACCGUUUCCAUAUCAACGUCAACAAAACUCACAACAUAUCAGUGAACCGUGAAGUAAUAGACACACGUCCUGCUGAGUGCGCCUCUGUAAAAUAUAACAUUUUGUUACUUCCGAGGGCGUCCAUAGUGAUACCAGUCUACAACGAGCCUUGGUCGACGUUGGAGAGACUCAUAAACAGCGUUUUGAAGCAUUCUCCCCGUUCACUUAUUCAUGAAAUCAUGAUCAUUGACGACCAGAGUGAUUUAGAACAUUUGGGUGCCCCCUUGGAUAAAUAUGUUGAACAAUUUGAUUUUAUGCAUCUAUACAGAUCGAAAGAAAGACUGGGAACUAUGAAAUCAAGAAUGUUUGGCACUAAGAAGGCGGAAGCGGAAGUGAUCGUUUUUCUCGACUCCCACACGGAGGUAAAUUCUGGAUGGUUAGAGCCUAUACUAUAUGAAAUAAGUGUAAAUAAAACCGCAAUUGUACAACCAUCCAUUGACGUAAUUGACGCACAAACAUUUGAAUACAGAAAAUACUUUGACAAUAAUAGAAGGGGUCAUUUUAGAUGGAAUAUGGGCUAUCAUUUCGUUCCAUUACACCCUAAACAACAAGCAGAAGUCAUAGCUAAUCCUACUAAAGCAUUCGACACUCCUGCCAUCGUGGGCUGUGCUUUCGCAGUAAACCGGAAAUACUUUACUGAUAUUGGAGGACUUGACACGGACAUGCGCACAUGGGGCGGAGAGGACGUGGAACUCUCUAUCAGAGUUUGGCUAUGCGGCGGAAGUAUGAAAAUCUCGCCGUGUUCCCAUGUUGCUCAUAUUUUCAAAGCAGGACAUCCAUUUAAGAUGGAUUACUCAGACCUUGUCUACAACAACCGACGGACGGCGGAACUAUGGCUCGGUAAUUAUAAGAAAUACUUCUAUUACUUCAGUGCCGGAUUCGCAAAACCCCCGGAUCCAUCAGACAAGUUCGAUAUCAUGGAUCCAGUUAAAGAGAAGUUUAAAUGUAAAGAUUUUGGUUGGUUUCUUCGAAACGUUUUUCCGGAACUUGAAGUUCCGCCAGCAGGAAGUGAAUAUUUUGGAAACUUGCGCAACUCCGUUUCAGGCCAAUGUUUUGGUCUUGCAAAUUCUGCCGUCUUACUGUCACACCCAUUAAUUACUACAGCCGAGUGCUACUUUUACUAUCAGGUUAAGAAUUUCGCUUUGCUUGAAAACGGUCGUUUAAUGGUGGAGGGAAAAUGCGUCAAAGUAGAGAAAGGUUUUCUAGUAGUGGCGCCCUGCUCAACCAGGAUUGGUAAGUGGAGUUUGAAAGAUAAAAAACUGAUGUAUGCUGAAGGUUCACAAUGUGCCAUGCAAGUGCCCAAGGAGGUGAAAAAUGAGAAGCUACAAGUCAUCGGAUUAGUAUCGUGUAAUAAAACCGAUAACACAUCAGAGUGGGAAAUUGCUACAAAAAUAUUCAAAGGUUCAUGA